AUGAGGGGAGAGGAGAGGUUGCGAGCGGCGUGGUGUGAGGGAGAUGAGGAGAGAAGUCCGUGGUGGCGAGGUCUGAUGAGCGGCGUCGGCGACGAUGUGGGUGGGGCGGCGAGGUCGGGGAGGAAUGAAUCGGUUAACAUUCUUGACCGUCUCAAUGUCCGUGAGGCUGCAAGAACCAGCAUCCUGUCCAGACGGUGGAUUCAGCUCUCUGCCAAGCUGUCUCGGCUUAUAAUAAGCGCUCUGGACUUCCUGCCAAAGGGUGUGUCGUGCACCAGCAUAUCUGAUGAUGAAUUGGUCCGCAUCAAUGCAGCUGUGUUUCAAGCGACAGAUAGCAUAUUGACACGCAGAAAUCCUGGAGAGCACACCAUCCACCUUCUAUCCACAACGUUCUACUUGAGAGACGAUGUCCCCAUAUCCAUUGGGCGUGCUGUUGGCCAUGCCAUGGCGGCACACUUGGUUGACAAUGUCAAAUUCAGUGUUAUGACAGGGAAGUAUGAGAUCAUUGACAUAGCUGAGGAUGAUCUGGUCACCUCCGCGAGAAAUUUCAUGUUCUUCUUUGAUGCCUGUCCAAGUGCAUUUGGUGGUUUCACUACCCUUGACCUAGAGAAUUUGAGAUUUGGGGAAUCAGACAUAUCCAACGUCCUCAUCACUUGCAAGUGCUUGAGGCAUCUGCGUUUGUUCAAUUGUGACUCUGGUGUUUGCAGCACGCUGCAAAUUGAACACGCUCGUCUCAAGGAGCUUAGUAUAGUCCAAUGUAUGGUUGAACGAGUUGAGCUGAGGUGGCUCCCUCAACUCACAACGAUGGUCUUUGAAGGUUGGCUACAAUUCCAAGAUCCACUGUUCAUUGGUCAUGUCCCAUUGCUGGAGGUUGUAAGCCUCACAAAUCUUGCCCUUCGUUACGACAAGACGGUGUUCUUAAGUGAGUUUCUUAGCGGUAGCUCUAUACGAGAUCUGAAGUUGGCAUUUAAUUCUGAAAAGAUUUGGGUGCAGCCAGAAUUUCCGACGCCAUGUCUAGCAUUUGUUUUCAGCCAACUAAGGUUUGUGAAUUUACUUCAUCUUCCUGAAGGGCAUGAUCUCACCUGGACAAUGUAUAUUCUUGAAGCUGCACCCUUACUGAAGGAGCUAUACAUGACGGUAUGGGAUCAUGCGUGCAAUAUGGAAAUGGACGAGACGAAGAGGAAAGAAGAAGCAUAUAGUGAGGACAAGGGUGUAGAGUGGGAAUUGGUCGCAGCAGAUUUCCAACACCACAGUUUGGUCACACUCGUCAUUUUUGGCUUUGAAUCUGAAGAUUGCUUUGUGAGUUAUGUGAGACGUGUUCUGGUGGCGGCCGUCAAUCUAGAGGAUGUCUUCUUGUAUAGCGGGUUGAAGUAUCGCAGUUGCCCGGACAAGAAGAAGCUUGUCAGGUACCCCUGGACUGAAUGGCAGAGGAUCUCCCUGAAUGAGAGACUCACCGCUGGGAUCGAGUCGGGUGCCAUAUUGCACUAUGGUGAGAUGAGGCCUGGUCAUCUAGCAAAAAUGGAGCACCCAAAGUGCUCAAUGCUCAAGGCAAAAAGGGGUUUUGCGUGAUGCUAAAAGGUGUUUGAUUUUACAGUAGUGAAGUGUGUUACAAGUGUUGUUAUCUUUGGUUGAGAGCUUGUUUCGGUGUUUCUUUUUACCUCUAAAAUGGCACAUAUGGAGGAC